AUCAAACAAUGUUUUCAGUUUCAUUUAGUUUCAGUGUAAAGCCAAGUAAAAGAUUAUUAUUAUAUCAGGGAUUUUGAUUUCCGCUAUAGAUUUGUGUUUGCACAUCAGCGGUAUAGGGAAGGCAAAGAGGGUAGGAGAGAGAGAAAUUUAAAGAUACCAAAACUAUUCAUAGCCAGCCCAGCAAACCAAAACCACCGGUCCUUGGAUUGCUCCAAUGUGAAGUUCCUGGUGUCAGAAGUAAGAGUAUGCAAUCCCUGUAAUGCAUUAAAAGUCACCACGAAGUGACAGUCCCAGGUUAACAACAUUUUGAGACGCCUUUUAAAAAUGUCGCAACUUUUUUCUGCUCCUAGAGCAUGACUAGCAGAGAAAAGAAUGAGAUGAUCCCCUGGAAUAACCCCUGACAUACAUUUUCUUUUCUUGGCCAAGAUGGGGAGUGGACGACCCUUGCUACUGGUGUCUCUGACUGCUGCUACUAUGCCAAUAAUCUCCCAAGCGGCUUGGUUUACUCCUUCAGGACAGCCUGCAUCAGUAAAGCUGGAAUGGGCCCGUACAGUACUGCAUCUGCCAAAGUAAAGAUUGGUGAAGAAGAACAGCUGGCCUUCCAGUCUGCAAAGCAGAGGCUUUCCGAAGAAGAGGGUGGAAUAAUGGCACCUGAAGAGCCUUUUCCAACCCACCAAACCUAUGCCUUCCAAACAGAGAUCAAAAGGGGUCGUUUCAGCAUUGUCAGACAGUGUCGGGAAAAACUGUGUGGAAAAGCGCUGGCUGCCAAAAUUAUCCCUUACCGCCCAGAGGACAAGCAGGCUGUGCUCCAGGAAUAUCAGGUCUUGAGGAAGCUUCAUCACAUGAACAUAGCGCGGCUGGAGGGAGCCUAUGUGAGCCCACGGCACCUCGUCCUCAUCCAGGAGCUCUGUGUGGGACCAGAGCUACUCCACUCUUUGGCAAACAGGCCAUCUUAUUCCGAGGUGGAGGUCCGAGACUACCUGUGGCAGAUUCUUAUUGCUGUUGAGUACCUCCAUGCCCACAACAUCCUGCAUUUGGAUCUGAGGUCUGAAAACAUGAUCAUUACUGAGCCCAACCUGCUUAAGCUCCUGGACUUUGGCAAUGCACAGUUCUACACACCAGACAAGACCAUUACUAUGGAGAAGUGCACAGACUAUGUUGAAACCAUGGCUCCAGAGCUCCAGUCAGAACAAGGAGCCCUCCCGCAGACUGACAUCUGGGCUGUUGGUGUCACUGCUUUCAUCAUGCUGAGCGCCAACUACCCGCUCAGCUCGGAGGUGGCCUGCGACUUCCCCAGAAUCGCCAGGAGAGGGAAGAUCAAGCUCACUCGGUGUUACGCAGGGCUGUCUGGAGGGGCCGUGUCGUUUCUCCAGAGCACGCUCUGCGCCAAUCCCUGGGGGAGGCCAUCGGCAGCAGAGUGUCUGCAGAUCCCCUGGCUGCAGGAGACAGGCUUGGAUAACAAGCAGCAGGCGGUGGUCACCUUCUCCACCACCAAGCUGAGGAGUUUCCUAACCGACCGGGAGAAGAAGAGGAGCCUGCUGUGUUCGAAGUAUGGUGUGAUGAUUGCACAGUGAAUCCGGGCACCUCCCACCCCUCCAUGGACCCCCGCUCAUUUGUCCAUCAGGGGAAUGGCACAGCUGGUUCUUAAUUCCCUGGAGGAAAGCAGUGACCCUGAUGCCUCAGAGAGGGAUUUGUAUGGCCAGUUCCCAUUAGAAGUGAAUGGGAACUGGGCAUCCCAAUCCCCUAAAUGGCUGUGCAAAUCCUUCCCUUGGUGCUGGAAGACAGCACAUAAAUACUGCUCAAUGACUUCCACCCUGGUUUCCAGCCACGGCUCGUGGACACCUGCCCCUUCAGACCCCGUGGCCCCGCAGCGACGUUUGAUCCUCAUUGUUCGGGCGAUACUCAGGCUGGUUUCUAGCCUUUCUCCAAACCAGGAGCUGGCAAAAUAUUGCCCUUGAAAUGGAGCCCUGAGCUGGUGGGUUGGGCAGAGGAGGCCACCGAAUUGUGUCCCAGGGUGGAAUAAGUCUUAAUUGUUUCAAAA